UUCAGGUCUGUUUCUCUCUGUCUGAUGAUCAUGAUGUUCACGAUAAACCAAGCAGCACUGCUCUUCGUUCAGCUGUUAGUGGUGUGGCAUGUCUUUGCAGCUAUAGAGAUCGCUAAAGACGACCACAGAACUGUGCUGGUGUCCAGAGGAGACUCAGUGACACUGACUUGCAACAUAUCCAAGACAAAUGCAACACUGAUCACCUGGACCAACAACAGAUCUGUUUUUCAAUAUUCCAUUGAGCUGAAUCGCACCUAUUCAAAUUUCUCAUUGCAUAGACUGAAAAUAAAUCAUGAGUUUCCUACAAAGCUAAUUAUUUUUAGUGGUCAGCCUGAAGAUGAAGGACUUUAUACAUGUAGCAUAACAAAGAGACGUGGCGUAAACAGCAUUACAUGGAGUUUAACUGUGUCUGAGAACCCAGAAGAACCCACUUCAUCAAAGUAUUUUCUAUACAUACUCCCACCUGCAAUUGGAUUCCUUCUUUGUUGCAUCACACUGGCUGUCUUCCUCUACAGAUGCUGCACCAGGACCCUGAAACAUGGCUUGCAUGAGAUCAGGAUCUUGAGUUUUGUCCAGUAUCAUGUUCAGCUGGAAGGAAAGGUGGUCCCUCCACAACCUCAAAGAUUUGCAGUGUACAGGACAGGAAGCACUUUGAGACACUCAGUCCAAUCUUUGGCUUAUAGUGUGCUGACAAGAAGAAAGUCCAGAUAAAGAAGAUGAAAAGGAAACAAAGUAUAGACUGUUUAAUUCAUUGUCAGUGCUUGUAAGAAUAAUUCAACCACAAAGCUCAAACACCAUUUUUCAUUGUGUCUGCCUGGAUUUAUAGAAUCAAUUUACAAAAAUGACAAAUGAUUGCUUUUAUGUUGACCAUGCAGUUUAGUUUUAUUUUUAUUACCAGGUUUUGAAACGUCUGGAGGCUUCACCAAUUAAGAAAAAAACUAAAGGAAAUGUAAAUAAAUUUACAUUACACUUAAAAAUGAAAAUUGUCACAUUUCUAUUAUGGUUUUAAAGCAUUUUAUAAAAAAUGAAAAUUCCAAGUACACAACAAUGUUAACAAAUAACAUUCAUGGAGAUUCAUAAAACCAGGCUGGACCUCUUGAAUUUAAUUAUGUUAAAUAACAAAAUCACUA